CCUCGUAACGGAGCCCUCGCUCGAUCACUUGAAAGUUGAAUUUUUUGUCGCCAACUUCAUCGGCAUUCUGCCCGCACUCGCUUAUAACAAUGGAUACUCUCCGGUUCUGGCUGGUACUUGCCCUCCAGCUUACGGUGUCCCACAGCCAGUAUAGAUACGGGCCAGAAAAAUCCUGGGACCUUCAGUCCAUCUCUGAGCUUAAGAGCAAGGAGUUUUGGUUCCACGACGCCCAGCGCACCCUUUAUGAAAAGUUGUCCACACCUCCGAACCAGUACCGGGCUAAAAAUGUGAUAUUCUUCCUGGGCGAUGGAAUGUCCGUGCCUACGGUUACGGCGGGAAGAAUUUUCGAUGGCCAACUAAGAGGAGUGGUGGGGGAACGGAAUCGUCUCGAGUUUGAAAAGUUUAACUACGUGGGUCUCUCCAAGACCUAUUGCGUCAACAAGCAAGUCGCUGACUCGGCGUGUACCGCCUCCGCCUACUUAUCCGGGAUCAAGGCCAACUAUCUGACCAUAGGUGUUACUCCGGAUGUGGAGUUGAACGAUUGUGCCGGCGCUAGGUUGGCCAAAAACCGACUCUCCUCGAUCGCAGCUUGGGCUUUAAAGGGUGGCAAGUCCGCUGGCCUGGUAACCACCACUCGGGUCACCCAUGCAAGUCCGGCCGGGGUCUAUGCCCACACCUCGAAUCGCGACUUCGAAAGUGACUACGACGUGAGCAAACUAGGUCAGAAUCCUGGCGGUUGCCCCGACAUUGCCAAACAGUUGAUCGACGGAGAGGUGGGACAGCGACUCCGGGUGGUGAUGGGUGGUGGCACCAUUAAAUUCCUGCCCAACACCACGACGGAUGUGUAUGGAAACAAGGGACAGCGACUGGAUGGAAGGAAUCUGAUUGACGAGUGGCAGCAAAGCAAGCCGGGGAAUGCCAGGGUGCUUUUCAAUCGUACGGACCUCCUGAACAACGACGCCCAGACCACAGAUUACCUGUUCGGUCUCUUCAACGCCUCCCAUUUGGCCUAUCACCUAGACGAUAGCGUGGACACACCCACUUUGGCCGAAAUGACAGAGGCGGCCCUCAACGUCCUUUCCCGCGAUCCUGCCGGAUAUUUCCUGUUUGUGGAAGGCGGUCGUAUCGACCACGCCCACCACGAGACGAAAGCCAAAAAGGCGCUCGAUGAAACCGUACAGUUUUCAGAGGCAGUUCGCAUGGCGCGCGAGCUGACAAAUCCCUGGGAGACGCUCAUAGUGGUCAGCGCUGACCAUGGGCAUACGGUGUCCAUAAGCGGGUAUCCGGACGUCAACAACAGUAUUGUGGGCCUGAACACAGAGCUCAGCAAUGUGGACCAAUUGCCCUACACGGCAAUCUCAUAUGCGAAUGGGCCCGACUACCAGAAGUUCUACCAGGUGAGUGAUGGUGAAGUGGAGCGCGUGGAUCUCCGGACCCUGGACUUUGGAGAUCGAAAUGCCAUUUACCCACACGGAGUGCCCAUGACCGAAGAGACUCAUGGAGGUGGCGAUGUAGCUGUUUAUGCGCACGGCCCUUGGUCACAUCUCUUUACUGGAGUUUACGAACAGAGCACCUUGCCAUACAUGAUGGGCUUUGCAUCCUGUCUGGGUCCUGGCAUUACCUACUGUGAUCUGAAACCCAAGGCACAUUACACUCCAUAGUUAGCUUACAUAUUAAUUAAAUUA